AUGGAGAUAUAUAUUAUUUCAACGUCGUCCGGCGCUUUCAACAUCGAGCAGCUAACGGUCACCACGCAAAACAUCGCGAUCGGUUGCCCACCAUCACUCUCCAGCCCGCUAGGCAUGGCAGUGGAGAAGAGCCUUGCAUCAGACUAUCGCUUCCGUUCGUGUCCCACACAGCAAGGAUGCAAGAUCGAACGGGACAGCCAGAACGACGCCAAAGCCGGGGAAGACAAACAGGACUGCCCAAACCUCUCUGUCUGUCCCGAAAGCGUCCCGAGAUCUGAGAACGGAGAACGGAGACGAGGAGCAGAUCCAUGUCUACCGAUUCCCGAUGCCGUGAGUGUCUCUGCCAGCUGCGCCGAUGCUGGGCAGCGCCUUGGACGGCCUGAAGGCUUCGCGAGCGCCGUCCGCUAG